UACCUUUUCACUAGAAUAAUAUAUAACUGCCCUUAGGUGCUAUUCCACUACUCAAUAUAUCUUCAAGAUUACACGUGAACCAAUUUGGAUCAAUGGCGCGGCGCCGGUCACGAAGUCCAUCAAUCGAGAUCCAGUACGCAAGACUGGAACUCGAGGACCCAAAUCACCAUACGAGUAUUAGCAAAUGCGUGGUCCCCAAGUGGCCGACUUUGCUGGACCGGAAAUGGUUCAAAUGGCCUGUUUUUGUCAUUGUGUGACUCAGCAUUGUGAUUGCAGCGCUCCACAUUGUUGCUUUACUUGUAGUUCUGGUCCUGUCGUUAAACACGGACAAUAUGGGGUAUGAGACCGACCGAGCAGAAUUUGUUCUCUACAAAAAUACCCGAUUUCAGGAAUGCACGUCAAUUGCGCCCGAUGCAGAUAACUGCAGUGAGAUAGAGACCGCCUGGAAGCAUAGCACCCGGUACACCAGACUUGGAGCACAAGAUCGCUGGCAUAUAUUGUGGGCGUCACUCGGUCCCUACGACUGGUGCCAAAUAGCGAGCUGCUUCCACGAGUACAAAGUCAUCCCCUCCAUGCCACGCUCAUCAGCUAUGAGCCUGACUACCUUCCAGAGCUGGUGCUAUAUGGCCAUGUCUUCAUUGGGCGCUAUGUGGGCUUUCAAAUCGUGGUGGCCUGGCGUACGGUCCAAAAAGAGUGCCUCUGAACCCUGUAAAGGGCUCCGUGAGCUUGGUGUCCUGAACUGGGGAUUCUUGAUUUGGGAUAUUUGUGGCCCAACCAUAUUUUGGUGGGUUUCGUUCGUGCGAGAGCUUGUUGAGCCGGUCCCUAUCACCACUCUUUCAACCAUCGCUUGGGCUACAUGUUGGAAGUAUUCAUAUCUAGUACGAUAUCACCCAUACUCAUGCUUCUUGGCACGGUUCCCCCGAGUUGAACGGGCCCUACCGUGGGUGUUAGGGACCAUGGCAACCUUGCAGUGGACAGUCACAUUGUAUAGUGCACGAGUUGAUUGAGAUAUCGGGAUCUCUGUGACCAAGGACAAUGUAUACCGGAACUAUGACUGUCUUGCGACACAGAUUCCACAAGCACCAGGAGCCACACACUGUACCCCGGAGCAGCUCUGUGGACAGGACUGGCUAUUCAGCGCUCUCGACCUUUGGAUGCCGGGGGACGAGUAUAAAAUGGUUCCCAUGUUAUUUUGCCUUGUCGGUCCGUGCUUGGUAGUUGUGCCAUGGUGCAUUGCUGUUGUUUGGGCGCUGAGCACAGAGGGGUUCCCCAGGGGUUUGAAGUCAAUCUACAGAGUGCAUCAAAAGCAACUACUUAUGUGGCCGAUUGUGGGACUUGCAUGUGUAUCGCUUACGCCAAUCCUAUACAUUUGCUCAUUACUCGCCUAUGAUGUCGCCGCCACGUGGAACCUCAGGGAGCGUGAUGCGCUUCUAGCCUUUGAUAGGGAAUGCACGGCCGUGCAUGUUGGGUUGAGUUCAUGGAGAUAUUACUUGGAUAUUAACCAGUAUGGGCGGGCCCUGCAUGUGGUAAGAACGUGGUUUAGCGCGUAGAAGAACUAUUGUUGUGCCAAAUCUGCUACCCCUAUUAGCCUCUGUCACCACGAUGUGUGUUGUAGUCAGAAGAACGCUUCAUGAGUCAGAAGGGCCAAUAAUACAUCACUACGUCCUCUUCUUGGAGUUUCAAAUUAUGUGUUGCGUUAGAGUAAUCUAGGAUACUUCGAGAGCUCUAUAUUGUUACUUAGACUAUGCUAACUAAGG